AGAACAGGUUGCAGAGUCUAGUGGAUUUAAUCAUGUGGAGAGAGGUCUCAAGAUCAGCAUUUGUCUUUGGGACUGGAACGUUCAUCAUAAUCUCAUCUUCUUACCCAAAGGAUAUCAAUGUGAGCUCUAUUUCCGUGAUGUCCUAUCUUGGCCUUGCUCAUCUCGCUGUCAUCUUCCUUUACAGAUCCUUCAUCUGCAGGGGAGUUAUAAAUUUUGAUCGCACAAAUCAUGUAUUGGGAGAGGAAGAAGCAAUUUGGGUAAUAAAACUGAUUCUGCCUUAUUUGAACGAGUUCCUGUUAAAACUCAGAGCCCUCUUUUCUGGUGAUCCUGGUACCACCAUGAAGAUGGCAGUUUUGCUCUUUGUUUUAGCCAGAUGGGGCAGCUCCAUAACUAUUUGGAAGAUGGCCAAAUUCGGCUUCUUUGUUGUCUUUAUGGCGCCAAAGCUUUACUCUCUCUAUUCUGCACAGUUAGCUUCAUACGCAAAUUCUUGGGUGAAGCGAGUGAGGGAAGGUUGGGAUUCAUGUAGUCACAAGAAAGCAGCGGGUAUCGGCAUCUUUGGCCUUGUGUGGAAUUUGUCAUCAGUCGUUGUUCGCAUCUGGGCAGUUUUUCUGCUAAUAGUAGCAUUAAGAUAUUAUCAACAAAAUCAAAUGGGAGGAGAUGAAUGGGGGGAGGAAGAAGAAGAAGAAGCAGCAUGUGAAGAAGUUGGAGUUGGAGGGCAUGGACCCACUUUUCUUCAAACAAAUAAACCCAAGAAAGCAUUUUAAGGGCAAUCCAUGGCGGAGUUGGUCCCACAUUUUGAAUGUGGUGUUCCAAUCUCAGGUACUUCAUUCAACCAUGAUAGCAGGAUCUGAAUCUCUCACAGCUUCUGAUAGUGAUAAGUGAUAGCAACUCACAGUGUUUUCUUUUCCCGCUGUAAAUUUUUGUUAGUUAGAGGGUUAUUUUGGGUAAGGAAAUU